UGCAAAAUGAUAUAUGUAACAACGUAAUAAAAUCUAAUGACAAGAUUGGAUUUUAUCUGUUACUAAAUACAACUAAGAUAUAAUCUGGACUCGUUUAACGAUACACAAAAAUAGAUAUCAAUAUAUACAGGAUGGCCAACGUAAAACAUUACGAACUGUUUUCAUCGCAACGUUAAAUAUAUCUACUUAAAAUUAAUUUUCUCCGCAUUAUUAACUUACAUGAUUAAAUGGAGUGAAAUAUAAAUUAUUUUUUAUUUCAAUAAUUCUUACUAAACCUAAUAAUAUUGUUUUAAAAUAUCCUCUUAUUUAACAAAAAUAAAAAUAAUAUCGUUGUAAUACUUUACAUGAGUCAUCCUGGUUGUGUAAUGCUCCCGAAACUUAUCGGGAAAUCGUGGAGAUAAUUACGACGAUUUGGACUAUAUUUUCGACGGACGUGGCAGAGCACUUCCGGAGGACGAUUUCGAAGAUGAUUUUGUUUUGAAUCAACGCCGGUACAAAGAACGUGCCGCGGCUGCCUUCGAGGAAGAUUUGGCCGAAUUGAGACGCAAGAGAAGAGACAUGCAGGACCGUAUUUUCGACGUAAUCGAUUUGAACGCCGAAAUUGAGAAGGCCAAAAACACGUUAGAAGCCGCCGACAAUGCUUUCCAAAAACACGCAACUAAAUUCGAUAAUAACGAGGACGAUCAAGACAACAUAACUCUAACACAGAAACUCGAUAGAUCACGAAAAUUGGCUAAUAUGGAACUCGUACCAGAAAAAUCUAAAGCCAAACCACAAAUUAUAUUACAAUGGGCAAGAAUGCAGAACGUAGAACCGGAAAUAACAACGGUUCGAGCUUCCAAAGGAAGAGCUCGAUUUAAUUCUUUGGCCGAUGCUAAUGAAUAUAUUGAAGAUCCAUUAGAUGUUCUUGCCAUACAACCGAUAAAAAGAAAGUUUCUGAAAAGGAAGAAGAGCGUCUCCUUUUAAAAAACUUUAUUUGUAAUCGCGAUUGGAUCGGACUGAAUUUGUUGUUUGAUAUGACCCUUUUUAAAUGUGUAUUUUAAUUGAAACUGUAUAUACAUAUAUACAUAUAU